AUCUUUUUAAAUUUACAUUUUUGUUGUAGCUUACCGUCUUAAUACACGAGAAUAAGUGAUUUAGUUUGAAUAAGAAUUUCGAAGUGGUGAUACUUUUAUUGUAAAACCAAUUUUAUUUUAUAACAAUCAAAAUGUCGGUCGUCGAGGACAUCCAGCCAUACCAACUGAGUGCUACGAGACUGGUCUUCUACCCCCUCGUCCUGGUCGCCACUGGCCUGUGGCUCUUCUACCGAUGGCAGCAACAGUCCAAGUUAUAUAAAUUAGGGAACAAAAUUCCCGGACCUCUCGCUCUGCCUAUUCUUGGCAACGCUCUGUUGGUUUGGGGGAAAUCGCCUGAACAGCUAAUCAGGGUCGCCAUAGAAUACUCAAACUAUUACGGCAAUGUGGUCCGAGCCUGGUUGGGAUCUAAGCUCCUCAUUUUCUUGACGGAUCCCAAUGACGUGGAAGUCAUUCUCAACAGUCAAGUUCAUAUUGACAAGGCUACGGAAUACAGAUUCUUCAAGCCCUGGCUUGGUGAAGGGCUACUUAUCAGCUCAGGUGAAAAAUGGCGUUCUCAUCGGAAAAUGAUUGCUCCCACAUUCCAUAUAAACAUCCUCAAAUCAUUCGUGAACGUGUUUAAUCAAAACAGCAGAAGUGUCGUCGACAAAAUGAAGGGGGAAAUGGGAAAAGUCUUCGAUGUUCACGACUACAUGAGCGGAGUCACUGUUGAUAUACUUUUAGAAACAGCGAUGGGCAUCACAAAGGAAACUCAAGACGAGUCUGGAUUUGAUUACGCUAUGGCUGUGAUGAAGAUGUGCGACAUUAUUCAUCAAAGACACUACAAAUUCUGGUUGCGUUUUGAUGCUAUUUUCAAAUUCACCUCAUUCUUUAAAAAGCAGAAGAAACUAUUGGAUAUUAUUCACGGUUUAACAAGCAAGGUUAUUAAAAAUAAAAAGGAGAAAUAUAUACAAAACAAAGCCCAAGGAAUCAUUCCACCGACAAUUGAAGAAUUAUCCAAAGAGAAUGAUGAUGACACUGGUCUAGCAAAUAAUGCGAAGACAUUGGCCGACACUGUGUUCAAGGGUUACCGUGAUGAUUUAGAUUUCAAUGAUGAAAAUGAUGUCGGUGUAAAGAAACGUUUAGCUUUCUUGGAUCUCAUGUUAGAAUCAGCUCAAAACGGAACAAACCAGAUAACGGACCAUGAAAUCAAAGAAGAAGUAGAUACUAUUAUGUUUGAGGGUCAUGACACUACUGCAGCUGGAUCAAGUUUUGUCCUUUGUCUACUCGGUAUUCAUCAAGAAAUUCAGACGAAAGUGUACGAUGAAAUCUACUCAAUUUUCGGAGACUCCGACCGUCCCGCUACCUUCGAAGACACCCUUCAAAUGAAGUAUUUGGAGCGAGUGAUUUUCGAGUCACUGAGGAUGUACCCACCAGUUCCGCUGAUCGCUAGAAAAUUAAACCACGACGUUAAGAUUCCAACCAACGGCUACGUGCUCCCAGCUGGCGCCACUGUUGUCAUCGGCACGUACAAGAUUCACAGGAACCCUAAAUAUUACGCGAACCCCACAGUGUUUGAUCCUGAUAACUUCCUGCCAGAGAAUACUCAAAACAGACAUUACUACAGCUACAUUCCGUUCAGCGCUGGACCCAGGAGUUGCGUAGGUCGCAAGUACGCCAUCUUGAAAUUGAAGAUCCUAUUGUCAACGGUAUUGCGGAACUACAAAAUGGUGUCAAACAUCACUGAAGACCAAUUCGUCCUCCAAGCGGACAUCAUUUUGAAAAGAACUGACGGUUUCAGAGUUCAAAUCGAGCCGAGACAGAAAGUUCCAUCCUCGGCUUAAACUAAAACUUCCAAAGACUAGUUUCAACGAUUCAAGCGGUAUUUUGUAACGAUAUUCUUAUAACUCAAAGAUGUGAGUUUCGAAUUCGUCUCUAUAUAUCUCUCUAUAGUAGUAUAUAUAUAUAAUAUCGUAUUAGGCAGGUAUCGUAUUUAACUAUAGCAUAUAUCUAUAAAAUAUCGUAUUAUACAGGGAGAUAUAUAGACGAAUUCGAGAUUCACACUGUCAAGUUAUAAAUGUAUUGUUACAUAAUUGCACUACAGAUUCUCCAAGCAUAUGAAAUGUAUAAAAGACGAGUAGAUAUUAAUGCUAUAUUUCUAUAUUCAAUUCAGAAUAUAUGCCAUUGUGUGAAUUGGAUAUAAUAUUUUGUGGAAGUAAGAAUGAUUUUGUUAUUUAAAUAUUUAUUAUUUGGUAUGUUAUUUAUAUGUAUUAUAUAUAGUAAAGUGUAUGUAUACCUAAUUCGGUACUGGGAGAUUUUUUGCCCUAUUAUACCUAUAUAUCAUGUUAUAAUCGCAAAUGUUCACAAAAUAAUUUAUAAUUAAUUUUAACUCAUUUUAUAUAGCAUACGGUAAAUAAUAAGCUUAAUAUAGGGAUACAAUGUACGAGUACAUCAAAAUCAUCAUAUUUUAUCAUACUCAAAUAUGUUAAAAAUAUAAUAAUAUUAUUAUUCUUGUUAAUAAUAUAGGUAGUUUUUAUACAAAUAUGUAUUAUCUAUGAUUAUAUAACUGACGUACUUAAUUAUUUUUCAUAAAAGAUAUUAUAUUAUAUUGUCUCUAUCAGAUAUUAUAUCUUAAUGUGUAUCAAGAUACUUAUUUAUAUUAUAUUAUAGAAGUGAAACAUUUGUGGUUUAUAUAAGGUUUAUUAUUUGUAAAAAACAUAAAAUACUUAUAUACCAACCUAUUUAAGCUAUGAACCUAUUUAUAAUAAUUGAUAAUUAAUUAAUUUGUCACCAAAGGUGUUGUUUUAAUAAAAUAAUUCUUUAUAACAUGAAAUUCUUUUUAUUUAUCUUGAAAAUUACAUUAUACAAUUAACAUAAGCAAUUGUUUUUACAUGCCUUUAAUAUAAAAUUGAUUUAUUUUUAUGUAAAAUUAGGCUAUAAUUAUAGCCUACUCAUGAAAUAUAGCAAUAUGUAUAUGAGUACUAUGUAUUUUAAUUGCUAUAUUAUUUACUAGCCGACGCCCGCGACUUGUCCGCGUGAAACUCGACUACCCAUAGCCUACCCCUACCCCUACCCUACUCCUACCUACCCCUACCCUACUUUUCUGGUUGAUUUUUUACACCUUGUGUCCGAAAAACCCAAAUAUCUUACGGAACCCUCUUUUUUUCAAAAUAAAAUGUAGCCUAUGUUACUUGUGGAUAAUGUAGCUUUCGAAUGGUGAAAGAAUUUUUAAAAUCGGUCCAGUAGUUGUUGAGCCUAUUCAUUACAAUCAAACAAACAAACAAACAAACAAGCAUACAAACAAAGUUUUCCUCUUUAUAAUAUUAGUAUAGAUGAUAUACAUUGCUAUUAUCUGCGAAUAUUCGACCAUUUUAUGUGACAACGUCACCCAGAUCGAUAGACAGUUAUUAUUAACUUAUUUAUUCAAAGUAAACAAUACAAUAGUAUCUGUCAAAAAUAAUAACUAGCACUGUCAUUAAAUAAGAACACGUUUUUACAACAUCUUGUUCUAAUAUAAACACUAAAUCUU